AUGUGCUUCGGUAGCAAGCUGAAAGGUGAAGAAGAUCCAUCAUCCCGACUGAACAACAAAUCCAGCGACCACCUCAACUCACGCCCAGUCUUCCUGGAAUCCAAACCCACGGCGACCUCCUCCUCCCCACCCAACACGAUGUCCUAUCAACCUCCCGCCGCCCCCCCGCCUGGCUAUGACCAUGGCCAUCACCAGAACCCGAGUUCAGAAGUCUACCCAGCGCCCUCAGGGCCACCACCCCGACCUCAAGCUCAAGCUCGAGCUCAAGAACAGUUCUCUGCCCCCCCUGGCCCUCCUCCAUCGCACUUCCAACCUCCUCCAGGACCUCCCCCGAGCCAUUCGCAGUCGCAUCCGCAGUCCUACGAUGCGCCGCCUCCUGGCCCGCCCCCACCACCCGAAGAACCCUAUCAUGACUGGCAGACUGCCGUUCCCGAUACCUCCCUCCUCCCGCCUCCACCAUCCAUGGGCAACCAGCGCAGCUCGACCAACAACGCAACCGAAGAGCAAGCAGAGCUGGGAGAGAUCUGGUGCACGCAGAACCCGAUUCUGAGCCCGGUCACCUUUCCCCAGGCGGCACUCGAAGCUAUCGACCGCGGCGAUAUUGGUGUCAUUCGGCCGCGCGACUACAAGGGCAGUCUCGAACGACCAAGGCCGGGUGUCUGGGCUGGCAAGACGAAGCCAGAUUCCCCGGACUCUUGCACUACCUCUACCGUACCCCUCUACUCCGUCAUGGCGCAUUCUCCCAUGCGAACAGGGCGCGCAAAGUCGAUAUACUACGAAGUCAGAAUCAACCCGCGUAAUAGGGGGGAAGUCAGUCUCGCCAUGGGCUUCGGGGCAGCGCCGUAUCCCACAUUCAGGCUUCCAGGCUGGCACAGAGGAAAUCUGGCCGUCCACGGCGACGAUGGCAGCAAGUUCAUCAAUGAUCGCUGGGGCGGAAAGGACUUUACACAGCCGUUCAGAGCUGGCGAUACCCUGGGCUUGGGAAUGAUCUUCACUGCGAGAGAUCUGAAUGCGCCACCUUCCUACUCUGCGCCUGCAACCACGCUGUCGACGAAUCCCAUUGAUGUCGAGGUCUUUUUCACGAGAAAUGGACGGAAGGACGGGGGCUGGAACUUGCACGAGGAGGGCGAUGCGCAGGAAGAUUUGCCAGUCACGGGGCUGGAAGGGUUUCACGACAUCUACGCCAUGGUGGGCACGUUCGAAAAUGUGGAGUUUGAAAUAGUCUUCAAGCGUAGCGAGUGGAUGUACCAACCGUAG